UACCCUUUUGAGUUUCUAUCAAAUCUUAUCAACCUUACCUUCCCUUGCUUCCCAAUAAUGGAUUUUAUGUUUCUUGAUCUUGGCUGAGGAUAUUUUAACAAGUUUUUCUUUUUUUGUGGGGAUUCGGCAUUUUUCAACAGGACAAAGGAGUUUGUGGUUCGAGGAUGGAAACAUAAAGCCGGAUUCCCACUCAGUAAUUGUUCAGUUAGGAGGAAUCAGAAAAAACAUUUAACUAGCAAUGGUGUAUAUUAGAGAAGGGAUUAUGGAGCCUCUGUGUGAGUUUUGUGGGGUGGUCAGGGCAAUGGUGUAUUGUAAAUCGGAUUUGGCUCGCCUUUGCUUGCAAUGUGAUGGAUGUGUACACUCUGCUAAUUCUUUGUCCCGUAGGCACCCACGGUCACUCUUAUGUGACAAGUGCUAUUCUCAGCCUGCAAUUGUCCGAUGCAUGGAUGAUAAAAUGUCUCUAUGUCAAGGCUGUGACUUGAAUGGCAAUGAGUGUUCAAGGCUGGGGCAUCGAUUCCAGCCAUUGAAUUGUUAUAUUGGUUGCCCUUCUUUGGCAGAGUUGUCAAGAAUUUGGUCUUCGGUUCUUGAUACGCCUUCUUCAAUUGGUUUUGAUAGUAGUUGGGAGAACCUGAGUACACUGCCUAUAAAUGAGAAUUGCAUUAGCAACUGUUUGGAACAAAGAGAUGAUGAGGGAUCAUUUGGGUUGGUGGCAAGCAAGCCAAAUGAACUAGAGCCUACCUCUAAGUUUGAGCCUUGGAUGGAAUUGUCUUCUGUGAUUCCACCAAAUCUAAAUUCCGUGCCAUACUGCAAAGAUCAAGCAUCUUUCUUCCCUGAUCAAGAAUCUAAUUUGCCAAAGGAUACUUCCAAUUUCAAGGAUCUUGCAAUUCAGGAUAGUGAUGAUAUCUGUGAAGGUCUCAACAUAGAUGAUGUGCCAUUAAACUUAACGAGUGGUGAGAUAUUUGGUAAUCCAGAAGAUCCUACCAAAUACCAGUUUGGGGAUGGAGGAAUGGAAUGCCCAUCAAUGGAGAAAAACUUAUCUGUCACUGGAUCUAAUGGUCCAAUCGAGAGUGCUUUGGAGGCUUCAUCAUUAGGGCAACAAGAUUGUGUGGCUUUUCAAUCCUCUCAUGUUGAUGGGUUAAACAGCGUGAUGCAGGCCAUGAAUGAUAGUGCAAAUUGCUUACUCAUGAAUCCUACUUGCACCAGAAACAUCAAUUUGGGGUUUCCUAUUGGGCAAGUUCAUUCAGGCAUAUCACUUUCACUAUCCAACAUCACUGGUGAAAGUAGUGCAGCUGAUUAUCAAGAUUGUGGAUUGUCACCAGUAUUUGUAACAGCUGAAUCACCUUGGGAAUCAAAUUUGGAGACUAGUUGCCCACAAGCAAGGGAUAAAGCGAAGAUGAGAUAUAAUGAAAAAAAGAAAAGUCGAAUGUUUGGUAAACAAAUAAGAUAUGCCUCACGCAAAGCCAGAGCUGAUACUCGAAAGCGUGUGAAAGGGAGAUUUGUGAAAGCAGGUGAAACAUAUGAUUAUGACCCUCUUAUUGCAGAGAACUGAACUUCUAAGCCAUAUAACCCAAUCUCCCCACCCUGCGUAGCAAGACAAGGCCUGCUUUGAUGGAGGUAGUCCUGCAAGAAACAUAUGUUAAGGUUCCUGUCUGAGAAGAUGGAUGUCAAGGGAUGAACUAUACGAUAUUUCAAUUCAAGGGAAUUGUUUCCUAGCUUCAAGUUCAGCAAAAUCAGCCCGUGGUUAGUUCGAACGGUCGAACAGUUUGGUUAAUACCACAAUAUUAGUUGUUCGAGUCCUCACUCAACUCAUACAUGGUUUUUGCAGGCAGAGUCGUGUAUCCAGGGUUUAUCCGACAGGGAUGGCUGAUGGGUCACGAAGUAGCCCUGCCUUGAACGCGGUCAAUUUUUGUUAGCGUAUUUGCACUCAUAUAUUUAAUCAGUUUCUACUGCAUGUAAUAAUUUUUUUACCAGAUUCAUGUUCUUUGAAUGUUCAAGAAUCCUGUUAGAAUAAACAAUAUCGCAUGAGUGAUCUCAUUGAUUUAUGUGUGGCUAAUGGCUAUACACUAGGGAUGAACUAUACGAUAUUUCAAUUCAAGGGAAUUGUUUCCUAGCUUCAAGUUCAGCAAAAUCAGCCCGUGGUUAGUUCGAACGGUCGAACAGUUUGGUUAAUACCACAAUAUUAGUUGUUCGAGUCCUCACUCAACUCAUACAUGGUUUUUGCAGGCAGAGUCGUGUAUCCAGGGUUUAUCCGACAGGGAUGGCUGAU